UCCUACAUAUCGGGGACAGGUGAAGCAGACACAUCAUUCAAAAGGUCUGAGAUUUGGUGAGAAACUUUUAGGGCGUGUUGGGGACUCUGCACUUAGAGAUAAAAUACAGGUCGAAUGUAAUAGGUGCAGUGAUAUUCUUCAGUGCCACAAUCUCAACAUUUUAUCGUUUGAGCCCCUUGAAGUGGAUAAAGACUGGGCUUAAUUUAAGUCUAAAUCAUUUCGCUGAGAUAAUUCAACGAAAAACAGCAUCCCAGGUGGAGUUUUAAAGUCCACUUCUCUAACUUCAGGUGUUGUUGGUGCCGUCGGGAGCUGUCGAAACAUCAGCGUCAGAAUGUGUUCGGGUGGCUUUGCCAGAUGUCUGGGGUUCACUCUGAUACCCUUGUGCAUUGUGUCUGUGCUGUGCAACAUCCUGCUCUUCUUUCCCGGAGGAAAGUCGGUGGACAGACAAAACAUCACAGACCAGGUCUGGUACUUUGGAGGCAUUCUGGGAUCUGGAGUGCUGAUGAUCUUCCCAGCUCUGGUCUUCCUGGGUCUGAAGAACAAUGACUGCUGCGGUUGCUGUGGCAACGAAAGCUGUGGUCGGAGAUUCGCGAUGUUGAGUUCGAUGCUGUUUGCAGGUAUUGGUGUAGUGGGGGCCGGUUACUCAGUUAUAGUCUCAGCGGUGGCCAUCAACCGUGGACCUAAGUGUAUGUUUUCAAACGGCACCGCACUCGACUGGGGCUAUCCCUUCUCCAAUGGAGACUACCUAGGCAACGCAACUUUGAGGGAUAGUGUGUGUAAAGAGCCAGGGGGUGUGGUGCCCUGGCAUCUGUCUCUCUUCUCUGUGCUGCUGGUCAUGGGUCUGAUCCAGGUGGCGCUGUGUGCUUUCCAGGUGAUAAACGGCCUGCUGGGAGCUCUGUGCGGGGACUGCUGUGGAGGGGGUGAUGAGCACUGAGCACUUCGUGUGGCUGAAGGUUGCUGACUUUCCUGUAUUUAUUCUGGUUCCACAUGAUCCGACUCUUGCUUAAGAAUAAGUAAUACAGCAGUGAUAUUUUGUCAAAUAGCUCAUUGAUCCCAUUGUGGGAUUUAUCAGAAAACACUGGAAAUGACACGAGCUCUUUAAGAGUAUCCUAUUUCUUUCUUAAUGAACACAGAUGAGUCUGUCUUCUUAAUAUGAAAUCUGAUUCUGCUAUGCUGCAAAUAAUUUCCAACACUAGCCACUGUAGUCCCUGAUUUCCUCCUGCUAUAUGGGUUAGUUUUGUAGAAUUAAACUUCCUUUAAUUUAAUAAGAAAAUAUAUUUAAUGUAUAAAUAGCAAAUGGGACCAUGGGACAUACUAUGGAUUUUAUUUUAUUUUUUUCUUGUGUAGUCAAACAAAUGUAACUCCUAAAAGUGCCUUCUUUUAUAGAUAAGGAGUUUUAUCUGUUGCUUGACUGCCUCCUGCUGGGGAAGAUGUAAAUUUACCUACACCAUUAAAAAAAAGAACAAAAAAAACGUCUUGCAGAGAGUGGUGUUAUUAAAAGACUGUUCAUUUCUUAAAUCUAUCUAUGUUUUUUUUUAUAUGUAUUACUACAUUUACUGCUUUCAACCCAAAUGAAUCACUGCGGAUAUUUACCCCUAUUUUUUCUACAUAAUUAGAAGUUUUCUCAUAAAACUUUUUAAUUCUAUGAUAUGUUAAUAAAGUUUAUCUUUCACGGCAUCCAGCAGCUGUUCCAGUAUCACACACUAAAAGUUACACAUCUCCAGACAAAUGUUAUUAUAAUUAACUAAAACUAGAAUAAAAUCUAAAAGUACGUGUGGGGGGGAAACAUUUUAGUUAAAUAAAAUAACAAAAAAACCUAGAUUUUCAAAAAUUAAAACAAAAACUACCUGAAAUGAUAUUGUGAGCUUGGAAAACUAACUAAACUAAAUAUGUGGAGUAAAUGUCCUUAGCUUUUGGAUUUGUUAGUUUGGUAAAAGCUUUAUUACAGAUUACCUGAUGAGGUAUUGAUCAAUGUGUUUAUUGAGACAUAUGAAACUUGAAAAGGUUCUGUAUAUUUUUUUUUGUAAUGCCUGUGCUGAUUUUCCUAAAUCUUGGCUCUGACAUUUUAAUAAUAAUUAAAACUGUAAUGCAAAGUG